GUCUGAAAAGUACGAAACAUUUACAGUUCGUAAUGAUGACAGAGUAUUAUAACUUUCAGAAAAGAAGGAAACUUAAACGUUGAAAACAUUUCGUGCGCACUUAAACUCUGGUUUUUUGAACAAUCAGACAUUUACGUUUUGCUUAUUUAUUUACGUAUGUAACAAUCGAAUAAACCUAACACCUCAUCUUUGUCAUUUAAAAAAGUAUAUCGUAAGGAAUAUAACAGAAGUUUAAUUCCUGUUUUGUUAAUACUCUUUGAAACCAAAUCUUAGAAACAAUAUCAUUUCAUAAUAUCUUUGAAAAAGAAUUGGGAUAAGAGUGCUAAAACCAUAAUCAUUGCAUGUUUAGAAAUACAAAACUUUAUAGUGCCGCUGUGUUUCAUAAUUAACAGAAAUGCAGUGUCAGUGUGGCUCUACUGAUAUUGAUACAGACUCUGGUCGUGUAGAUUCAGUUUGUAGACAAUGUGGUUCUGUAUUAGAGGAUUGUGGUAUUGUUACAGAUGUGCAAUAUAUGCCUGACUCUACAGGAGCUACUCGGGCUGUUGGAAGUUUGAUAAAAUUUGACGAGGGACCAUAUGGAUUCCACCGAUCAAGUAGUGAAAAAGAGUCUAGAGCUAUAACAUUAUUAAAUGCAAGGAAAAAUAUUGAAUCACUAGCUUUAAAACUGCAAUUAAAAUCUCGUGCAAUUGAUGCUGCCUACAAAUUUUAUAGAAUGGCUCUUUCAAAGCAAUUGACUAAAGGACGUAAAAGUACGCAUGUCGUUGCAGCAUGUGUCUAUAUGCAUUGCCGACAAGAAUCCACACCUCAUAUGCUUUUGGACUUUAGUGAAAUUCUCAAAAUUAAUGUGUAUGAGUUGGGGAAAACAUACCUGAAAUUAUCAUCUGCUCUCUGUAUACAGGCUCCAAUUUUAGAUCCUGCACUUUACAUUGCAAGAUUUGCUCAUCAAUUAGAAUUCGGGGAUAAAGAAGAAGCUGUUGUUUGUGUUGCCUCAAAAUUAGUAGCUAGGAUGAGAUCUGACUGGAUACAUUUGGGGCGUAGACCGUCUGGUUUAUGUGGGGCAGCAUUGCUUGUUGCUGCUAGGUUAUAUAACUUCAACCGAACUAUAGAUGAUAUUAUAAAAGUUGUUAAAGUUUGUCAAGCUACUGUAAGGAAAAGAUUGAAUGAAUUUAGUGAUACUCCUUCAGGUAAACUUUCUAUAGAUGACUUCAUGGAAGUCAAUUUAUCUGAGGAACAAGAUCCUCCAUGCUUUAAAAAUGCUCGUAGAAAGUUACGUGAACUAGAAGAUGAAAACAAAGCUAAGGAACUUGAAAAACAAGUGACAGAAAUAAGAAAAGAGAUUGAGAAAGUUCUUGAAAACUCUAAAAAGAAGUCUAUGUAUGAAAAUAUGGGUGCAGAAGAAUCUAUUGACUCUCCUCCUACAAGCUCUCUUAAAAGUGUCGAUAUGCUUGUUGCUGAAAAUACCGUUGACUCACUGAAAGACAUCAUACAAGAGAAUGAUUCAAGUGAAACAUCCAUUGAUAAUUUUGCCCCUAUUUUCAUGCAAGAAUCCAACAUAAUAGAAGAUUCAGCAUCAUCAGCAAAUGAUUCUGGUUAUUCAUCUCAUAUCAUUGAACCAUCUUUAGCAGAUAUCGGGUUGAAAGGUGGUAGCAGCAAGUCUUCUUCACAAACCACUGUUUCUGAAAAAAGAGAAGAAAGAAAAGCUCUUGAAGAGGAGGAAAAUGCUAAAAAGCCAAAUCGAAAGAAAAGAAAACGGAAAAUAGUUCAGGGUGAACCAGAUGAAGUUCUGCAACAAAUAGUUCAACAGAAGAAAAUAUCUUUCAAAUUAGAUUAUGAUGUUUUAAAAUCUCUUAAUCCUGAAAAUAUGUCUGUAGAAAAAAGCGAGCCAGAUGUUGAAAAGAAAACUGUAGAAACUCCCCCAGUUCAAAAUAGAGCUCGACCUAAAAAACCACCUCCCCGCAUUCCUUUUAAUAUCAAAAAAGGCAUGUCUGAUAUUGUUGGAAAUAGUAGGAGGAAAGCGAUGGCAGCCUUAAUAGAAGAACAAAAUAAUGAACUUGAGGAACUGUCUGAACAGAAAUCAAAAUUAGAUAAUUAUACUCCUGAACCAGAAAAAACAGAAAUAAUUGAUUUAACUGAUGGUGUGUCACUUGCUAAUAAGCUACUGGAAAAUGGUAACAAUGAAUUACCAGAUAUAGAAGAGGUUGAAGAUGAGGAAGAAGAAGAUGACUAUGAAUCUGAUUCUGAAAUCUAUAAUUAUAAAGAUGACAUUCCACCAGAUUUCUAUGCAGAAGAUGAAUAUGUGGAUGAUUAUGAAGAUUGAAGAAACACUUUCAACAAUUGGUGGCAAUUUAAAUUUUUCCUAAUCCACACUAUGUUCCUAUAAAACUACAAUGCUAUCUUUAAAUACACAUGGUGCUUUCCUGUCAGUAUGGAAUAUGCUGGGGAGAUUGUAUUGAAACAUUUCAUGCAGUUACACUUUUAUUUAAUUCAUCACUUUGCUUAAAAAUUUUGGUUUAAUAUUCUAUUUUAGACUUGUUAUAUUAUCUUAACUUAUAAAAAAUCUGUUAUGUUUUUCUGAAAACUUUUUAAUUUUUGUUAUUAUGGUGAUCAAUUUUACUAGCGAAAACUUCAUAAUAAUGCGCUGACGAAUAAAACUUGUGGGACCUGCGAGAGUGCUUGCUGGCCACUGACUGGAGAUAAACCAGGUACUUUGUAAAUCUGACGCCGGUUGCUCUGACCAUUAUGGAAAAGGGUGUAUAUUUUUGACCAAUAUGAGUUUUGCAUGUUUGAACUCAUUCAAACCAUAAACCAAACUUUAAUACUGCCAAAAACUUUUGCUUUUGGAAUUAAAAAUGCUUUUUUAUAUUUGAUAAAAUGUGUUAUUUUUUAUUUGCCUUUCCCUGCUUAUUGAAAAUUAGAGUAAGUGUUUAAUAGUUUUUAACUAGUAUUUAUACAACUGUAUUUUAUUUCUAUUUUAAUUACUUUCAUAUCUAUAUUUAUUGUUCAACAUGCUGUUUAAAUAAUUGUUUAUGUUACUUCUUUGUUGACCUAUUUACUUGUUGAGUUUUUUUUUAUUUCUUAUUGCAAGAACUAUGAUGAUGUUUGUUUGUUUUACUUUUCCAUGAAGUAAUUGUGAGUAUUUUGUCAUGCAUGAAGUAUUUUGCUAUCAUUUAUACUUGAUUGACAAAUGAAUCAAAUUUUUGCCUAGUUAUUGACAAAAUGUAGAAGUUUUAGCACUUAUAAACUACCAAACAAUUUAAUAGUUUGUUUCAAUAUUAUCAAAUACACAAUGCGUUUUGAUAAUAUACAAUAUUUUCUUCUGUAAUUAUUUUACCGACAAUUGUGGUACUAGGUCCAAACUCCUAGUUUUUUAUUUAUUUAAAGUUGGUUAUAAGCCAUGUAGUGAUUUUAUAUUAUAUUUUUCAUACCACUCCGAUUAUUUCUUUCUGUACUAGGGUACAGCAAUCUUCAUUGAAAAGCCAUCAUUUCAUGUAAUGAGCUUAAAGGCAAAUAUAGUUCAUCUUUUUAUGUACUGAUUUAAAACCAAACUUUUAAUUUUAAAAUAAAAGAAAAACAUGAGUUUAAUAGUGGAAAAAACCUCUCUGUUUAGAGAUUUUUUAAUCCAUAUUUGAUAGGAUUUCCCACUAAAAAAAAAAUUGGUUCUAGUUGAACUAGUACUUUCCAUGCUCUGUAUAUCUGAGAAUAUUGAAACAGCUUAAUGUAAUUAUAAGUUUGUGCAAGCAGUUUUUAGUAAUUUGAUUGUUUUAAAAAGCAAAAUGCAAAUAUUUCUUACAAUUCAGUGUGUUAUGUGUUUAAAUAUUAAUUAUUUCUAUUGAGUAUAUUCUCCGUUAGUUUUCAUGAUUACAUGAUAUUCCCAUGUUUUCUACAAUAUUAAAUAAGAAUAAUUUUUAAUGACAUGUUUCAUAUUUUUUUUUAAAAUUGCAGAAAUAUUGCUAAAAAAUUUGAACUCAAGUGAUGUAAUUUAUUUUUAUAUUAUAAUUAAGAAUAAACUACAUCGUACUUACUAC